GGUAUAACUAUAUUUAAUUUAGUUCCAGAAAGGAAUACAGCACCACAAGAAUUUGACGCAGGGGAAUGUUACUGAUUUUGUGAGAAGAAAUUAAUAAAGGAACUUUCGCGACCCAAACGCAAUCAAAUCACAGAUUGAUUUGCCAAACAAACCCCAAUUCCCUUUUUGAAUUGAAGCAAUGGGUUUAGGCGCUUAGUGUUGGACGAAGAUGGUUCCUUGGGGUGGCGUCAGUUGCUGUUUGAGUGCUGCUGCUCUCUACCUUCUCGGCAGAAGCAGUGGCAGGGAUGCGGAAAUUCUUAAAUCCGUUACGAGGGUCAAUCAAUUGAAGGAACUAGCUCAACUUUUAGAUGCAGAAAUAUUACCUUUGAUUGUAACGAUUUCUGGAAGAGUUAUCUCUGAAACCCCAAUUAACUGCGAUUUCAGUGGCUUAAGAGGUGUAAUAGUUGAAGAAACAGCAGAGCAACAUUUUCUAAAACACAAUGAUGCUGGUUCUUGGAUACAAGAUUCCGCUUUGAUGCUAUCAAUGAGUAAAGAGGUUCCUUGGUAUCUGGAUGAUGGGACUGAUCGUGUGCAUGUGGUUGGAGCUCGGGAUGCCACUGGUUUUGUAUUACCUGUUGAAAGUGAGGCAUUUGAAGAGUCAGGUCGGUCACUUGUGCGUGGAACAUUGGAUUAUCUCCAAGGUCUCAAGAUGCUAGGAAUCAAGAGAAUUGAGCGGGUACUUCCAGUUGGAACUUCCUUGACUGUUGUUGGCGAGGCUGCUAAAGAUGAUGUUGGGACCAUUCGAAUUCAGCGACCCCACAAAGGCCCAUUUUAUGUCUCUCCCAAAACAAUUGAUCAACUAAUUGCAAAUCUGGGGAAAUGGGCAAGGUGGUAUAAGUAUGCUUCUGUGGGCUUGACCGUCUUUGGUGCUUAUCUGAUAGCCAGGCAUGCUAUUGAGUACAUAUUGGAAAGACGGCGCCGCAGCGAAAUUCAAAAAAGGGUUCUUGCUGCAGCCUCUAAGAAGUCAGGACAAAAUAAUGAAGUUGAAAAGGCUGACGGCUUAUCAGAUGGUGCUAAAAGGGAUCGCUUGAUGCCAGAUUUGUGUGUGAUAUGCCUCGAGCAGGAAUAUAAUGCUGUUUUUGUUUCGUGUGGGCAUAUGUGCUGCUGUACGGCUUGUUCUUCACACUUGACCAAUUGUCCUCUCUGCCGGCGACAGAUAGAGAAGGUUGUGAAGACUUUCCGUCAUUGAGUAUUGAGCAUGCAUGGAAGCCCAACUAAAAUAAAGUCACAUGGAAUUAGUUGUGCUGUAAGAAUCCGAGAGCAACAAUUUGGCCACUGUUGAUUAUAUAAUUUAUGCACCUUUUCAUCAGACAUUUUUUUCAGGCUUUGUGAGCAAUUCUGAUAUCAACGGCCUUUACAGAAAUAUCUAGACGGUGAUGCUUUUGGCAUCAAAAUUUGUAAAUAUUUGUUACCCGAACAUGUUACUUCAAUCUGUUGUAAAACUUGCCAUACCAAAAAAAAUCUGUUGUAAAACUUUAUUUUCUUAUAGGACUUAUUCUACUUUUUGUUGACACUUUAUCUUAAGGAGUGAAGACAAUUUGUUAACCGUACCAAGAGCUUAUAGUAUACAUUGAAUCCUUAAAGUGCUUAUGCACUUGGUAAA